CAAACUCAGUAGCAAAAUUUCUUCUUGGUCGGGAACAUGGAACAUCCUGGUGGCGCCGUGUGUUAUUUGGUGAUCGCUCUAGUUAGGGCUAUAUCACACUAUACUACAAGGUGACCCGUACAGGAUGAGAAUAUCAUGAAACUAUUUGUUUCAUCUUAAUAUAUCGUCGUUUGAAAUGCAGUCUGCCGGGUAUGGAGGCUCUUGUGACUAUGGGCUCAAGCAAACCUUGGCAAAUUUUGUGCCCCCCUUAUCACCAGGCCUUCCACACACUCAACUGGUAAAGCCCAGUUACUGGACCUGGAGACCGGAUGUCUGUCUUUACAGUGGCUUGCAGGAGGGCAAGGUUCUUUCAUUUAAAGAUUGACUUGGAUGGAAUCAUGGUCUGUCUACAACCAAGCUAAAAGCUCCAGGUGUGAAGUUAUGAGGUGUUCCUGUACCUGGAAUGUGAUGUCGGUCUUUACUUGCAGGAGGGGAAGGUCCUUUCAUUUCAAGAUUGACUUGGAUGGAAUCAUGGUCUGUCUACGAUCAAGCUAGAUGCUCCAGGUGUGAAGUCAUGAGGUGUUCCUGUACCUGGAAUGUGAUGUCGGUCUUUACAGGGGCUUGCAGGAGGGGAAGGUCCUUUCAUUUCAAGAUUGACUUGGAUGGAAUCAUGGUCUGUCUACGAUCCAAGCUAGAAGCUCCAGUUGUGAAGUCAUGAGGUGUUCCUGUAACUGAUGUCUGUCUUUACAGUGGCUUGCAGGAGGGGAAGGUCCUUUCAUUUUCAAGAUUGACUUGGAUGGAAUCAUGGUCAGUCUACGAUCAAGCUAGAAGCUCCAGUUGUGAAGUCAUGAGGUGUUGCUGUUAUGAAGAUCUACAUUAACUGCACUGGGACCCAACAACCUCCAAGACUCAUAAAUUCGAAAUAAAUUUCUUUAAAUUGAAUUGUGUGUGUGUGUGUUUUAACUGAAGUGGUGUUGGUUUGUAGAUUGUCCACUUAUGAUGCAGCUGCAGUAAACGCAGAACACAAGUGUUUUAUCUAAUGUUUUGUGACUCUCUUUGAAGCUUCUGCUAGAUACGUUGAUCAAUAUACAUUUCUGAUUCUGACAUAAGUAAUUGUUAUAGGCGGAUGUCUAAGAUUAUACGUUUAAAGUGUACAUUUCUUGCAAUAAACUACCAUGAAUUCAAUAUGAAUGUAUGUUGACGUUACUAGCUGGGGCUAUGGUAAGUUAAUACCAGGGUCUGCGUCAAACACGUAGCUGUUUCCGGUUUCAUCAGUGUCUAAUGCGUAGUGUAGAACAAAUGACAUGACUAGCAGCUCCAGAGGAUAAACUUUGACGCCUGCAAAAUAUGCAGCUGACGCCAUGUGAAAAGCGGAGGUGGCAAGCGUGCAUUUGCAGCAUUGAGUGGCGACAACAUUUAACGUUAGUAUUGGUGUGGUACAGAUUGCGAAAACCCAUACGUUAGGUUGCUAGCUAGUAGCUAUCGUGUUCAAAUAUUUGAUGGAUUAGUUACGUAAGUUCGAACUUGGCAAACAAGCCUUGAAAUACACUUGUUUAGCAGGUGUGGGAUUCAUUACCUGUAAUUUUGAUGGAGAACUUACGACCAAGUUGACAUAAAUAUAAACACAGUAUUCAUUGGAACGUAGUAUUGUGGCGAUAGCUAUUUAUGAUGCGUUGUCAGUUACAUUUCCUGGAGGACGGAUUUCCAAAAAAGUUUCCUUGAUCGAAUCGUUAGCUUCUUUGCUCAUUGGAGAGGACCGAGAGGCCGGGAGGGCUGUCAUGACGUCUGUGACCCAGCGGGUUUGGGGAUGGGUGCGCCCUACCCUGUCCUAUCGGCCAUGGGGGGGGAAAGCUAGCCCUGAUGGGUGUGUGAUGGAUGACAGCAGCCAGAGGACCAGCUGGGGUUGGGGGGGUGUCGCCUCAUGGGUGUGGGGGGCGCCAAAAGAGAAGACUUACCACAAGACGCUGAUAGAGGAGUACUGGGAGGCACCAGAGGAGAGAGUACAGCACUCAGAAGUGGAGGACCUAAGAGCUGGCACCCUAGAGUGUGACAGCAGUCCCCCUAUGAAGAGUGCCUCACGGUGGUGGCACACUAUGAUGCCCUCCUCCUACCUGCCGUGGCCUAGGUUUGCCUUCUCCAGUGGACUCCGCCAGCGUAAGGUGGCGGGGUGGGGAGAAGGCCUCUGGGACAAGGAGAAGGCAGACGGGGAUAUCUCAGACUAUGACACCCCACCCCCCUCUCCGACAGCCUUCCAGAAGGCUUCAACUUUUAGUGUUUUCUCACGAUCGUGGGAAGGGGAGGUCUUGCCGGAGCACUUUCUGAUCUGCUUUAACUUCUUGCGACAUCUCUUUGAUCUGUGUGUAGUUGGUCUGCUUUGGGCGGCGUCCCUCCCUGCCCGCAUGCUUCUGGACGUUGUGGGGGUGCAGGGUGCCCUGAAACUCUGGCUGCAUGGCAUGGCCAUGUUCUUCGUCUCUACAGUUGGCAUGGCGACACUUCUGUGGGUGGUCCAAGAGUUCUUGCCGCAGUUUGCGUUGGUUUAUGGGAUCAUCCAGGGCAUUGCCAUCUCUGUCAGUGUGCGACAGAGCAUCAUCACUGGAGAGGAGGAGCAAAUGGAGGUGCAGAGGGAACAACAGGAAGAGGUGGAGGAGAGGAGUGAGGAGAAACAGGAAGUCGAGACUGGUGUGCAGAAGCUGAGCAUGGAGGAAAGCAGCAGAAAAAAGAUUCUGACUUAGUAACCUGGAUUAAGGAUGAGGCGAUUGUGCGUGUCUCGUGAGGGUCAGGAGUUUUCUCGUAAUCAGCUGGUGAUCUUUUCUGCCGGUGCGUGUCUCUACAGGCCGACCGGAUCCGGGUGCUUCCGCACGUGCUCCAUCCGAGGGCCUCGUCGCCUGGAGCUCUAUGUGACCUACACUCCACAUAACUUUUCACUUCACUAAGCCACUGCAGCGUUCUGCUUGGAGCAAAGGAUUGUGACACUUCAAGAUGACUUUAACAAACACCUCACAUUACUACCAGACUACUUUCCAUUUUUAUCUAUUUUUUCUUUUCUUUUUCUGCCCUAGAUGUCUGGUACAAGCUGUGAUUUGGAACAACAUCCAUUUUGUUCUCAUCCAAGUCCUUUACUUGUGAUUAUUCAUGAAACAUUGGAUAGACGAGCAGUUUCAUGUUAUGUAUCCAUUUUAAAAGAACUUUCCAUCGUAUGAAUUUGGAAAUGGAAAAGGAGUUCCAGUUUACAUCCACAGGGGUGAGCUAAUUAAGUACUUCAUGUAGCACAGUAAAUAUCUCUGUGAAAAGACACCUUUUAAAGAAGGGAAAUAGAUUUUUUUUCCGAAUGCUUGAGUGACUUGAGCUCCAACCUCCAGAUCUCUCCGCUGAAAGAACUUCCCUCAGAUCCUCUGGCAGUCCCACCAGCAGCUCCAGCCUCCAGAUCUCUCCGCUGAAAGAACUACCCUCAGAUCCUCUGGCAGUCCCACCAGCAGCCCUGCUGAUUGCUCAUUUAUGAAAACUGCGGAUGCCCAGCACUCCAUUUUAUGGGUAGAAGCCCGUCUGCAGCUACAGUAGAAGAAUAUAACCACUGCUACAGUCACUGCAUGUGUCUUGUCCCACUACUGCCUCGUGAUUUUGACACAUUUUAUGACCUGUGUGUCUCCCAGUCUGCAUGUUGUUUUGUCUCUAUUUCACCAUCUUUUCCAUCAUUUGUUCCCCCAGAGGAUAUGUUGAGUUCACUUUUGGGCAACUUGGGCAGAGGUACAACUGGAUUCGAUGAAAGUAUUUUGCCUGAUUUAUUUUGUGGAAAUGAUUUUCGGGGAUUUUGUUCUUUAUUAAUGUGUAUUGUUUCAUUGUUUGCUCAUGUGCCAUAGGCUCAUUAUAUCUGCAUGUCCUAACACUAACAGCCAGACACACACAAGAAUGACUAAGAUAGUUUAAGCAUACUAAUAUAAGACAUAAUUUUAUUAGUUAUAUAUCAGCUAACUGACAUUUUUAAAGACAGGGUCUUUAUUCUGAUUGCAUAUCCAUUUCUAUUGUGAAUGGAGUGGCCUUACUGACUUAUUCAGUAACCCAUUGCACUGUUACAUUUUUAUCAUUUGAGGAUAGAUUUAAGAUAAAGAUCAGUCAUUUAGUGGCUUUGUUGUAUCACAUGUAUACAGUUCACACACACAUACAUACAUAUAACCAUUACCAUCUUUUUCACUGUUCUUGUACAUAUCUUUUUUAAUAUAGCUUUUUAUGUUAAUCUAACCUAUGCAUGUUUAGGGCUGUUGUAGUUGUUUUGUGCGCACAAAACCAAGCUUUAAACUCUUUUUCUAUAUGAAUCUCUUUUGUAAUCCUUGUAUUAUUGUAAUAUGUUCCACACACAGACGUCUCUGGAGAACCCUAUGCUAGUGUCAUCAUAUACUGUCACAAUGUGGAUUGUCUUAGAAGUGCAGAGUAACUAGUCACACACAGAUGUGGGGACUUCAGAGAUGUUUUGUUAACAUGUAUUUGGUUGGGGGUUGGGGGGAUUGUAGAGGUGGAUGGAAGGAUGUAGAGGCAGAAGUGGAAUAACAGAUCAGAUUGCUCUCCUGGAUGAAAUGCUGUUCUGAGCCCAGCUGUGUUCUGGACUGAGUGUGAAUAAAGAUGAGCGUCACUCCA